UUGUGUCGGUGUCUCCCCAUAAUACUAUGUGAGGAAUGAGAGCUAUUAUGUAUUUCAAAUUCCGUUAUCUCUCGUUAAAGCUUUUUUCCAUUUAACUGAAAAAAUUCCACCUAUCGUUGAAUUUAUUUUGACAUUAAGUAAACGGAGGAUAGCUGGCUAGCUAGCUUGGGAGCUAGCUUGACUAACGCAAGCAGCCAUGCCGCCCUACUCUGAACUGAGGAAAACCAACCACUUCUACUACUUCAUCAAAUUCACCUUAAAUAUCUACUCAAUGCUCUUUUCGCUGAUGGGUCUUUGUGUGCUGUGCGUGGGGGUGUACGCCGAGGUGGAAAGGCAGAAGAAUCGAACCCUGGAGGGUCUUUUCCUGGCUCCUGCCGUGGUGCUCAUCCUGCUGGGCUUGGUGAUGUUCACUGUGUCUGUGGUGGGCAUGGUUGGUUCCCUCAGGGAUAACAAGACCCUGCUGCACAUGUUCCUCUGUGUGCUCUGUGUGUUGCUGCUUCUCCAGGCGGUCGCUCUCACCGCAGCUCUCAUCUUUGAAAAGAAGACCUCCACCUUGUUUCAGAGCAGUAUACGAGAAGGAAUAAAACACUACUACGAUGACCUGGACUUCAAAAACAUCUUGGAUUACGUGCAACAAAAGUUCUCAUGCUGUGGAGGGGACGAGUAUAAAGACUGGGGAGUCAACCAGUACCAUUUCUGCAAUGGAACUGGUCCACUAGCCUGCGGGGUUCCGUAUACCUGCUGUGUUCGUGGCAAGAUGGGAGAAGUCAUCAACACUCUAUGUGGAUACAAGACUCUGGAUAAAGAGCGUGAAACCCUGCAUGAGAUGAUCCACGUGCGAGGCUGUAUCCACGCAGUCAACCUCUGGAUGAGUGACAACAUUGGAAUAACCAUCGCGUUCUGCUGCGCCAUCGGCCUGCCACAGCUGCUCGGCAUCAUCCUCAGCUGCGUCUUCUGGAACCUUCUGGUGGACAUGAGCGAGUCGGCCGACAUGGUCGACUUCAAGAUCAAGAAAUCGGAGUUCGCCUACAGCGAGCUGGACCUGGCGGGAGCCGGCUGGUGCAUGUGCCUGCCGAGGGACGGGGGCUACCUGCCCGUCCCGGCCUCCGAACCCGAACUGGACCCCAUCGACGUUCACCUGCGGAAGCUCAAGAAGCAGCAACCCCUCACGCACGCCCAGCUCCGAGAAAUGCAGCAGUCCAGAUCGGUCACCGGGCUGGACGAGGUGGACAUCGGCCGGAAGCAGAAAAGAGAACACUGAGCACUCUUUUCUUUUCUUUACUUUUUUUUUUUUUUUUUUGGUUCCUCUUUCUUGCCUUUUUUUUUUAGGUUUUGCCUUUUUAUUUAUGGGGUCAUUGUAAUCAUUUGUCGGAGUUGUGUUGCGCUACUUGAUGGUUGAAACCUCUCAGUUAUUGGAUCAAGACAAUUCAGUCAGCUAAAGGGAUCAGAAGUAUUUUGGCACUUUGUCAAUGAAUUUGUUUACACUAAAAUAUGAAGGCACAACAUUGGCUUUUUAAAACAAAUGUUUCUUUUCUGUCUUAUUUGUGAAGAUUGAUAUUGAAAGAUUUUUUUUUCUUGCCAUCGUAUCACAUUUUAUCUCUUUUUAUAUCUUUUAGCCUUUGAAAUUGAGCUACGUCUCACGUGCUAAAGCUUACCUCAGGCUGUUUUGAAAAUAGCCCAGAAGUCAGAGGACAGUACUAUUUGAUGUAUAAAUUAAUGGUAGCUUGAACAGAAGUUUUUUCAGUGUACGAGAAAUAGGAAUAGCCAAGUAUGUCUUGCGUGUAGCGUCUGUGACGGAUGUGUACAGUUUGUGUAUUAUUUCUUGAUUGAUAUGAUUUUUUUGAAUUUGAUUUUGUGCAAUCAGUGUACAUUGUAAGACUGAUAGUUGUGGAAUUAUAUGGGAUGCAUGUUUUGUACUGUAUAUGAAGUAAGUUAUUUAAAAAAAAAACUAAAAAAAAAACAAGCAACAACUCAGUUU